GGGGAACUUUCGGGCCCCGGUGCAUUCUGGGACAUGCAGUCUUUGCGUGUGAUUCAGGACCGCGAGGCGCAUGCCAGCUCCGUUGCAUGCCGGGACGUGUAGUUCGCCCCUGUCUCCACCGCCCUCUGACGUUCUGGACGCGCGGCGAUGACGACAAUUCUUAGCGCCCAAGCGUUCGUCUCCUUAGCGACGAUGGCCGCGCGGCGGGGUCGGAGCCCGCUGCAGGGGGCUCAGCGGCGGGGCCGCGAGCUGCGGCAGCAGGUGGAUGCAUUGCUUGCUGACAGCAAGGAGAGGGGGCCCCUGCACCCUGCGAAAAAGAAGUACCUUUUUCAGAGAUGUAUGGAGUUGAAGAAAUCAGUGGAUGAAAACACAUCUGUUCUUCAAAACUUGAAAAAAACUGAUGAGCCUGCACCUGUGGGGAAUUAUAAUCAGAGAAAAGAGGAGGAAGAAAAACAAUUGUUCAAACUCUCUCAGCAGCUCCAGAAACUUGCUGCAGUCCUGAGUCAGGACGUGACCAAGGGUUACACUGUAGAUGGGAAAUGUCAAAAUAGUCCUCAAACAGAACAGGAAAAUGAGGAAGAGGAGGAUGAGGAUGAAGAAAGUAGUGGGGAGGAAGAUGCUGAAGAGGAGGAGGAUGAAGAAGAGGAUGACGAUGAAUUGGAAGAUCAACCAACAAUUAAAGAAUGUAUCACGGUUGGUGAUUUUGUUGGUCAGCAGGAAGGGGAUCUCACGUUUAAGAAAGGUGAAGUGUUGCUCAUACUUGACAAAAAGCCUGAUGGUUGGUGGAUUGCUACAAAUUCCAAAGGGGAGAGAGGCCUUGUUCCUAAAACCUAUCUCAUGGCCUGCAAUAAAGGAGUUGGCCAAGAGCCAAGUGAAGAGGAAAGUGAGGAAGACAUAGAGGUGGUUGAUGAAACAGCAGAUAAAACUGAAAUUAAAAGAAGAACAGAUUCUCACUGGAGUGCUGUUAGAAAAGCUAUCACAGAGAAUAAUACCGUUGAUGUGUUGGCAACCAUGGGAGCUGUUCCUGCAGGAUUCCGACCAUCAACUCUCUCCCAGCUCUUAGAAGAAGGAAAUCAGUUUCAAGCCAGUUACUUCAUACAGCCUGAAUUGACUCCUUCACAGCUGGCUUUCAAAGACCUAAUAUGGAACCCUGAAAAAGACACUAUUCAGCCAAGACCAACUCGAGUAUCACUGAUUUUAACUUUAUGGAGUUGUAAAAUGAUUCCUCUUCCAGGAGUGAGCAUACAGGUUCUCAGCAGACAUGUUCGACUCUGUCUUUUUGAUGGUAACAGGGUACUGAGUAACAUUCAUACAGUUAGAGCUACAUGGCAACCUAAAAAUCCCAAGACGUGGACCUUCUCUCCACGGGUAACAGGCAUCUUACCCAGCCUGCUUGAUGGUGACUGUUUCAUCAGGUCCAGUUCUUCAUCUCCAGACAUUGGUAUAUUAUUUGAACUUGGCCUCACUUAUAUUCGCAAUUCAACUGGUGAAAGAGGAGAGUUAAGCUGUGGUUGGGCAUUUCUAAAACUCUUCGACUCCAGUGGAAUUCCAGUUUCUUCCAAGACAUAUGAGCUGCUUUUGAAUGGUGGCACACCCUAUGAGAGAGGUGUUGAGGUGGACCCAUCAAUAUCAAGAAGAGCAAGCAGUAGUGUUUUCCAUCAGAUGAUAACACUGAAGAAACAGCCUCAACUUCUAGUGAAACUGAGAUCAUUAAGCACACGAUCAAAAGGCAUCCUGAAUCUGCUACCAGAAACAUUAAUUGGCAGUAUGUGCUACAUUCAUCUCUUGAUAUUUUAUCGACAAAUUCUCAGUGAUGUGCUGCUAAAGGACAGAAUAAGCAUGCAAAGUGCUGAUUUAAUCAGUAAUCCUAUUUUAGCAACUUUCCCCAAACUCAUGGAGCAGCCUGACCUUAUGGAUGCACUUAGGAGCGCUUGGGCAGAAAAGGAAAGCACAUUAAAGCGAUCAGAAAAGAGAGACCGAGAAUUUCUGAAGUCUGUGUUUUUCCUGGUGUACCAUGACUGUGUCUUCCCUCUUCUCCAGUCAACUUUCCUCCCGGAGCACAAGUGGGCAGACGAAGAGUCUGAAGCCUCACGCUGGAAAGUGAUUGCUGACUUCCUGAAGCGGAACCAAGAAAAAGACAGUGCACUCUACUCUCUGCUCUCCUCGGAAAGUGUUCACAAAGCUUUUGAUAUUUCAGAGAUCGCAUAUGACUUCCUAGGACAAGCGAGGAAGAGCAGUGCCUCAGUUUGAGUGGACUUUAAGGCACUUACACUGUCACAUGUACAAGCCUAAAUUAGAAACAUAACUAAUCGUCUGACCAAAAUGAGACAGGAUUAUAUUACCACCUGAGCUGGAUUUAUUGUUUGUCCAAAGCAUAUUUUUCAAGCAAAUUGUAUUGUACAUCACAGUAUUUGCACGUCAUAAACUUUUUUUUACACAGCAUA